AUGGAGGUGAUGAUCAGGAAGCCGAAGAACCUGCGCUUUCUUUCUAAAGUGUUAGAACCAGAGAACGUGAGAGCCAAAAGGGACCAAUUUGCUUACUUUGUAGAUGAGAUAAUGAUGGAAAGGGGGAUCUUUGGAGACAUCCCUCAUCACCUGGAGCAUGACACUACCCAUUUAGUCAUUGGAAGAGAAAGCCAUAACACUCAUUUCAAAUUUAGGCUUUCUGGCAUCUCUCACUGCCAUAUAUCCCUGGAGCCAUAUCUGGAGAAGGGAAAUGUCUGCCUGACAUUCUGUCUGAAGAUCCUAAACAGAAGCAGCAGAGUGUGGGUGAAUGGACUGACCUUGAAAUACCUGGAGCAAGUCUCAGUGACGGCAGUUAGCAAGGUCAUAUUUUCUGGAGUCCAGAUGGUUAUUCAUGUUAAGGUUGGUGCUUCUAAAGAAAAGUUUGCCUGUUGUAUCCAUUCACUGAUUUACAAGGUAAAGGCAGAGGAGACAGAAGAGUUUGAAGCCUUCCAAGAGAAUCCAGAGCUCCCACAAGAGACCGGGGAGUUAAAUUAA